AUGACGUUUACCACGCGUCUCGUCGUCGAUACCCACCACUACGCCCAAAACCUCACCCAAGACUUCGACUUCACAUCCCUAUCUACUUCCAAGGAUCUUACUUUCGGUCUCGUUGGUGGUAUUGUGCUGUUCGCUGUUUUCGCCCAAUGGAUCAUCAAGACUUACAAGUUCUGGCAAUACCCCUUCGUCAACAAGGCUAGCUGGUGGAAUCCAUCCAAGGCCAAGGAGAACUAUCUCUGGAACGCUCAACAGUUGCUCGUUGACGGCUUUCACCAGUCACCCAAAGGCUACAUUAUGGACACCGACAUGGCUCGUACUGUUCUUCUCUCGCCCGAAUACGCAAAUGAAGUCCGCAGUGAUCCACGCUUGAACUUUAGAAAGCACAAUGCAAAGGAUUUCCUGGGCAAUCUAUUCACUUUCCAACUCUUCCAAGAUCGUAAAAACUUCGGUGAGCUGGUCAACGUCAUGGUGCGAACGAAACUAACGCAGUCAUUGGGACUUAUCACCAAAGCCAUCUCAGAGGAAAUGACCGAUGUCCUUCACCAUCAAUGGACAGAAGAUGCUGAAUGGCAUGCAAUCAACCUCAAAAAUACCAUGCUCGAGGUUAUCGCUCAACUAUCCUCUCGCAUCUUUCUUGGACCGGAGCUCUGCCGAAACAAGGAUUGGCAGCGAAUCACAAUCGACUACACCGUCAAUAUCUUCAUGGCAGUUGCAGCAGUGAAGCGAUAUCCAAAGCCCUUGCAUCUACUGGUUCAAUGGAUUCUGCCUGAAACUCGCGUCGUUCGCGUCCAAAUGGCCGAAGCGCGUCGUAUAAUUCAGCCCGUGAUUGAUCAACGCAAGAAAGAAAUGUUUGGGGAGAAGAAAAUCACUGGCGAUAAAUCAACUGAAGCAACACGUAAACACACCGAUUCGAUACAGUGGUUGCUGGAGCUAUCGGGCGGAACAGAUUACGAUACCGCCCUGGCUCAACUCUCUCUUUCCAUGGCGGCCAUUCAUACCACAGGAGACUUGAUCACUCAAGUCAUUUAUGAUAUUUGCGAGCAUCCAGAACUGAUCCAACCUUUGCGUGAAGAGGCAAUUGCCGUUUUGGGAACCGACGGAUGGAAACGGACUUCGCUGUACAAUUUGAAGCUCAUGGACAGUGUGCUCAAGGAAAGCCAGCGUAUAAAACCAGCUGGAAUGGUAUCCAUGCGACGCAUCGCCACAGACAAUAUCACCCUUAAAGAUGGCCGCCGUAUUCCCAAAGACAGCAUGAUUGCAGUUUCUGGACACUGGAGCUGGGAUAAGUCAAUCUACGAGAACCCCGAUCAGUUCGAUGGCUAUCGCUUUUACAAGAUGUCUCAGAAUCCCAAAACCGAGCAAAUGUCACAUCUUGUCGCCACGAGCCCUCAACAUAUCGCGUUUGGCCAUGGUAAACAUGCCUGUCCCGGACGCUUCUUUGCCGCGAAUGAGGUGAAGAUCGCUCUUGUGCAUAUCCUGCUCAAGUACGACCUCAAGUUGGACAAGAGUAGCCCACCGCCCAAGAUUUUCAAGAUGGGCUGGAUGAUGCAGUCUGAUUCCCAGGCCAAGAUUCUUGUCCGUCGCCGCAAAGAGGAGAUUUCUCUCGAUUAG